GACAGCUCUCUGCCCCGCUCCUCGCAUGUCCGACUCCAACGAAACAAAGCAGGGGCGGAGCGGAGCGGACCAGACCAGUGUCACCACAACCACUUGUUCCUUUCUUCACCGCCCCUCGCCCCUCCCCAUUUCCGCCGAUCCGACCCGGCCCUUCCCCGCCGCCCGCUCCAGCUCCAGGUGCGUGUCCCCCGCCCGGAUCCACGCCCCGGUGCCUCACCUCCUCGGCGAACUCCCGAUUUGUGCCUGGGUGGGUACGCGCCAGCUUCCCGGGGCUCCGCGCCGUCGCGCGUCCGGCUCGGUUCUACUGUUACUGCUUAAAAGAAUUUGAGUUGGCCACUUCUAUUGGCAUGAUAGUGUUCAACACUAGGAGAUCUCUUGUGUUAUAUAUAGCAGGGCUCUUGAUUUUUAAAAUUUGAAGUAGAUGUCAUUCCGUAGCAUUGUGCGCGAUGUAAGGGAUAGCUUUGGGAGCUUAUCUCGAAGAGGAUUUGACAUCAGGAUUCUGGGCAAUGGCAGAGGGAGAUCUCAUGGUGCUGUCCAUGAGUUACAUGACCCCGUUCCUGUAAUCCAGAGCAGCUGUUGGGCUAACUUGCCUUCCGAAUUGCUUCGAGAUGUGAUUGAGAGGUUGGAGGCUAGUGAGGCUACAUGGCCCUGUAGGAAGAAUGUUGUUGCUUGCGCAGCUGUCUGCAGAACAUGGAGAGAGAUGUGUAAAGAGAUUGUAAAAAAUCCGGAGUUUUGUGGAAAGAUCACUUUUCCUGUGUCCCUCAAGCAGCCUGGCCCUCGGGAUGGAACUAUGCAGUGCUUCAUUAAGCGGGAUAGAUCUACCCAAACUUACUACCUGUACCUCUGCCUUACCUCAGCUGUGCUUGUCGAAAAUGGCAAAUUCCUUCUGUCAGCAAAAAGGAUCUGCCGUGCAACAUGUACAGAAUAUAUAAUAUCUAUGAACGCGAAUAGUAUAUCGAGGUCUACCGACACAUACAUUGGAAAAAUGAGGUCAAAUUUCCUUGGCACCAAGUUUGUAAUGUAUGACACACAGCCUCCUUACAAUGCAAGUAGUGUUUCGCAUUCUGGGACAACAAGCCGAAGAUUCUACUCCAAGAAAGGGUCGACGAAGGUUCCUUGCAGCACGUACAGCAUAGCUCAGGUCUCCUAUGAGCUCAACGUCUUGGGAACCCGAGGUCCUAGGCGGAUGCGCUGUGUAAUGCACUCCAUCCCUGCCUCAUCGCUCGAGGCUGGUGGCAGUGUCCCUUGCCAACCGGAUAUCAUCUUCUCCCGUUCCCUAGACGAAUCUUUCAGCAGCAUGCCGGUCUUGAAAUCUUCCGUCAUGGACCAUUCCAUGCGUUUUAGCAGUGCCAGAUUCUCCGACGUCUCAAUAGGAGGUGGCCCGGCGAUCAGAGGACAAGCCUUGAGCGACGGCGAUGAUUUGAAGGACACGCCGUUGAUUCUCCGCAACAAGGUUCCAAGAUGGCAUGAGCAGCUGCAGUGCUGGUGCCUCAACUUCCGUGGCCGGGUGACUGUGGCUUCUGUCAAGAACUUCCAGCUCACCGCUGCUGCUCAGCCUGCUGCUGGAGCCCCAACUCCACCACACCCUGCGCCAGCGCCUCCGCCUGAGCAUGAUAAGGUGAUACUUCAGUUCGGCAAGGUUGCAAAGGAUAUGUUCACCAUGGACUACCGGUACCCUCUCUCGGCCUUCCAGGCCUUCGCCCUCUCCCUGAGCAGCUUCGACACCAAGUUGGCAUGCGAAUAGAACUGCGGGGUUGCAACCGUCAUGGCUGCACCGAUCAUCAAAAGGCUGACUGUCCCCCAAAUUAGGUGGGGACUCCAUUCUGUUGCUGGGUGUCGCUGAUGCCAUCGCGACACCCGAAAACUGAGGAAUUAGAAGGGUUCCUCAGAUUUGUGCUGCUGAUUUGUUGUCACUGUACUUGAUCUCCAUUGCUUGGAUCCUUGGCUUGGCGACGGCUGUGUACGUGAUAAUGUUACGAGCAAACUCCAUGGGGUUGUUCACUGACGAUGUAUUUGCCGAGUGACCUGUACAUUCAUAACUUGGUGUGUUUGAAAUUGAACUUGGUUUUACUAUGACGCUUCA